AUGCCGUGGAGUCCAGUAAUGGCAGUCCGUGAGACCGUAAGCUGCAGCGCGAAGUAGGUAGCUUGCGAGACCACGCCGUCGUGUUGCUAGGUAUAUCUUCUCAUGCAGUGGAGCAACAGUGGAGGAGUAUAGGGGCCAAUCUCCGGAAUUAUGGUCGGCACAAGCCCUCGCGGAUGCAGGUUGAAGUUGUAUAAGUAGUAUCACCACGAUCACCCAGUAAUGACCAACCCCAGUCGUUCACUCUUCCCUCGUUUCAAGUCCUUUGUUCAAGAUGCGUUCCGCUCUCAUCGCCACCUUGGCCUCCGUGGCCGCCAUCGGCGCCCAUGCCCAUCCUCACACCUCUGCCUCGCUCUCGAAGCGUGCCAUUGACCUCGACAAGUUCCGUAUGGUCGUCAAGACCGAGUACAAGAACGCUACCGAAGUCGAUGCUGACCCUACCAUUCCUACCUUGAGGACUCGUGCUACCCCUGAAGAGACUGCCACCGAGCUCGUUGGCGCUCAAGCUCCAGAUGCUCAGUUCCGCCUGGUGAACGAUCACUACACCGGCAAAAAUGGUGUUUCUCACUUCUACUUCAAGCAGACUGUAAAUGGUCUUGACAUCGACAACGCUGAUUUCAACGUCAAUAUUGGCAAGGACGGAAAGGUCUUCUCUUUCGGAAACUCUUUCUACAAGGGCGAGAUUCCUGCACCCAGCAAGAAGCGCGCCACCAUCGAUCCCGCAGACUCCCUAAAGACCGCUGUCGACACCCUCGGACUUCCCGUUGAGGCCGGCUCCGCUAAGGCUGAGCCUAAGGAAGGGAAGGAGACUUAUGCUAUUAAGAACACCAGCGGCAGCCUGAAUGAGCCUGAGGCCAAGCUUGUGUACCUCAUCGGUGCUGAUGGCAAGCUCAAGCUCACCUGGAGAGUUGAGACUGAUAUUGCCACCAACUGGCUCCUGACCUACGUUGAUGCCACCACUGGAAAGAGCGUAGAGGCUGUCGUUGACUACGGUGCGGAUGACAGCUACCAGGUCUACAAGUGGGGUAUUAAUGACCCUACUGAAGGAUCCCGUACCUACGAGGAGGACCCCUUUAAUUCCUUCGCUUCCAAGUUUGGCUGGCACUCGGACGGUACUGACUGGUACAAGACAACUCGUGGUAACAACGCUAUUGCUCACACCAACUGGGAGAACGACCUUACCUACGAUGCUCUCCUGAAUAAUUCCCGUCCUGUUGCACGUGACCUCAAGUUCCACUACCCUCUGGACUUGAACGCCACCGACUACAAGACCUACGCCAACGCCUCAAUCACCCAGCUGUUCUACACCUCCAAUAAGUUCCAUGAUCUCCUUCAUCUGCUCGGAUUCGAUGAGCGCGCGGGCAACUUCCAGGUUAACAAUAACGGUGCUGGUGGUGUCGGAAAUGACCUUGUCUUCCUGAACGCUCAGGACGGUUCUGGCACCAACAACGCCAACUUCGCUACUCCUCCUGAUGGUCAACCUGGGCGCAUGCGAAUGUACAUUUGGACGAACACGCAGCCUGUACGGGACUGCUCCUUCGAGGCCGGUGUUGUCAUUCACGAGUACACCCACGGCCUGUCCAACCGUCUCACCGGUGGACCCAAGAACUCUGGCUGCCUGAACUUGCUCGAAUCUGGUGGUAUGGGCGAGGGCUGGUCCGAUUUCUACGCUACCGCCAUCCGUCUUAAGCCCAGUGACACCCGCAGGACGGACUACAGCAUGGGCGCCUGGGUCAAUGGCAACACAGCGGGUAUCCGGAACUUCCUGUACUCGACCUCAAUGACCACGAAUCCCCAGACCUACAAGAGCGUCGAGUUGUACAGCCGUGUGCACCCCAUCGGUAAUAUCUGGGCUUCUAUGCUGUACGAAGUCCUGUGGAACCUGAUCGACAAACACGGUAAGAACGACGCGGACGAGCCUUCCUUCGAUAACGACGGCGUUCCUACCGAUGGUAAGUACCUAGCUAUGAAGCUUGUUCUUGACGGUAUGGCGCUGCAGCCUUGCAAUCCCAACUUCGUCCAGGCCCGUGAUGCUAUCAUCGAUGCGGACUGGGCGCUUACCGGUGGUGCAAACGCUUGUGAGCUCUGGACUGCCUUCGCUAAGCGUGGCCUUGGUGAGGGUGCGAGGUACCAGGUCACUGGCCGUCUGGACUCGUUCAAGAUACCAAACGAUGCUUGUUAAUUGGGUGGGUGAAUAACGAUAACGAUGAAGCUACAUGACUACGCUACUUUUCCUGAUUCAAUGUAAAUAUUCUUCAAUUGAGAUUUUAAUUCAAAGAACACUUUUCUGCUGUU